GUAUUAGAGGGACACGAGGAUAUGAUUAUAUGCCUGGACUUUGACAAACCUUAUGGUACACUUGUCACGGCUUCAUUGGAUAAUACAUUACGGCUGUGGGAUUUAAGCAGCUACCGCGGUCUGGGGAUAUUGGAAGGUCACGAAGGGAUAGUCAACUGUUUACAAUUGAAGGGUCAUCACCUUGUCACAGGAUCACGCGAUAGAACCAUUCGACAAUGGGAUAUAUCCAAACUGGCCUUGCCCAACGAUUCAGUUACCAAUCUGGCAGAAAUAAACUUUAAGUCAGGAUCUACAUCGGAACAUUCUUUUAACGGUGAAAAUUGUUGGUUAGCAACUCUAGAAGGACAUAGUGGAAGCAUUACAUGUUUGCAUUAUGACAACAGCUUUUUGGUGUCAGGUUCAUCCGAUAAGACCAUGAAACAAUGGGAUAUGGAAACAGGACAGUGUAUUUUGACUAUGGACAUUUUGUGGGCCAUGUCCAACUCCAAAGCUGAGCGUAGACAAGCAGGAUUUCUACCAGAUAGUUACGCAUUUGAUCAGGGGGAUUUUAUUGGGGCUUUGCAAUUUCGAGACAUCGGACUGGCAAGUGGAACAGAGGAUGGAGCUAUAAGGAU